AUGUCUCUUGCCCGAAAGAGUUACUAUACUGAUCAGGUAAAGUUCGUCGGACUCUCGGCAAAAAGUGGAAUCCGUCGGUGGGUUAUGGCUGCCGGAGCCAGAAUCUGCCCCGGUCCGGCUCGAGGACAGCAGGAUCUGGAUCUUCCCUGGAAUGGGAGGGGGGGUUACACUGCACUCCGGUCUCCGGAGGCUAAUCAUCGUCCGGAACCCCUCCAGACUCCCGGAGGAUGUAUCUAUCUACCAUCGAGAGGCCAUGGAAGGAGAAGGCCAUCUGGAGGAUUUACAGUUUGGAGCUACAGAAGUGGGAACGUGAUCCCGCAGUCUAAAAAGUUCCUCUCGCGAAGCCUUAGAAUUCAGGAAUUUCAUGAGAGGAUCAACUUUGAACACAAGACUGUCGAUGACAUCGAGGUAGGAUCUGAUGAUCCGCACCCCGAAGGUUUGAUGAACAACUCUGUACCACGCGAGAUGGUAAUCACUUUCAUCUAUUCGAAACCUCGUACCCUCGCAUAAGAUAGGAGCCAGGGGGAAGGGGAAAGGGUGGCAUGACAAACAUGAUCAGCUUACCUCAUCUCGACUCGCAAACCUAAGAGAGGAGGCCUGCGGUAUGCCUAGCACUUGAAACAUGCACUGUGAUUGCUGUGGAUGUCACGACGAUCACCGAUGCACAUUCCACUUUGGGGUUUAGGUUUUUCCUGCGCCAUCAUCAAAAAUAACAGAGGUGAUAGAUCAGGUGUCGAACCCGAGCC